ACCGUUAAAGUGCAUUUUGUCCCAUUUGGCAGAUAAACAAACGGAGGUCCUAAAAUGGUUAGGUGCUCGCCCAGGACCCCAGUAUUUAUCUGAAUUUUGACUCUUCUUUUCUUGAUCAUAGUGACUUUUCCUCAGUCUGAAGUCUCUGGGAGGAAGCCACUGCAACAACUGCCGUUUGUGGAAUUUUAGGUAAUCCUCAAAAGACCAAAGUGACAGUGUUUGUCAUUCUAGAUAUUGUUGGAAAACAUGGGUCCUCAACUGAAACUCUUCAAGAACCAGAAGUACCAAGAACUGAAGCAGGAAUGCAUCAAAGAUGGUCGCCUUUUCUGUGACCCUACCUUCCUGCCGGAGAAUGACUCUCUGUUUUUCAACCGCCUGCUUCCAGGAAAGGUUGUGUGGAAACGUCCUCAGGACAUUGCUGAUGACCCCCAUCUGAUUGUGGGCAACAUCACCCACCACCAGCUGAUCCAGGGAAGACUGGGGAACAAGUCAAUGAUCCCUGCAUUUUCUUGUUUGGCUGUUCAGGAGUUACACUGGACAAAGACAAUUCCCAACCAUAAGGAACAGGAAUGGGAUCCUCGAAAGCCAGAAAAGUAUGCUGGAAUAUUUCGCUUCCGUUUCUGGCAUUUUGGAGAAUGGACUGAGGUGGUGAUUGAUGACUUGCUGCCCACCAUCAAUGGAGAUCUGGUCUUCUCAUUCUCCACCUCCAUGAAUGAGUUUUGGAAUGCUCUACUGGAAAAAGCUUAUGCAAAGAUGCUGGGCUGCUAUGAGGCUUUGGAUGGAUUGACCAUUACUGAUAUCAUCAUGGACUUCACGGGCACAUUGGCUGAAAUUGUUGACGUGCAGAAAGGAAGAUACACUGACCUUGUUGAGGAGAAGUACAAACUGUUUAAAGAAUUGUACAAAACAUUCACCAAAGGAGGUCUCAUUUGCUGCUCCAUUGAGUCUCCCAGCCAGGAGGAACAAGAAGUUGAAACAGACUGGGGUCUACUGAAGGGUUACACCUAUACCCUGACUGACAUUCGCAAGCUCCGCCUUGGAGAAAGACUUGUAGAAGUCUUCAGGACUGAGAAGCUGUAUAUGGUUCGCCUGAGGAACCCACUGGGAAGACAGGAAUGGAGCGGCCCCUGGAGUGAAAUUUCUGAAGAGUGGCAGCAACUGACUGUAACAGAUCGCAAGAACCUGGGGCUCAUUAUGUCUGAUGAUGGAGAAUUUUGGAUGAGUCUGGAAGAUUUUUGCCACAGCUUUCACAAGCUGAAUGUCUGCCGCAAUGUGAACAACCCUAUUUUUGGCCGCAAGGAGUUGGAAUCAGUGGUGGGAUGUUGGACUGUGGAUGAUGACCCUCUGAUGAACCGAUCAGGAGGUUGCUAUAACAACCGUGAUACCUUUCUGCAAAAUCCUCAGUACAUCUUCACUGUGCCUGAGGAUGGCCAUAAGGUCAUCAUGUCACUGCAGCAGAAGGACAUACGCACUUACCGCCGAAUGGGAAGACCUGACAAUUACAUCAUUGGCUUUGAACUCUUCAAGGUGGAGCUGAACCGCAGAUUCCGCCUUCACCACCUGUAUAUUCAGGAGCGUGCUGGGACUUCCACCUAUAUUGACACCCGUACUGUGUUCCUGAGCAAGUACCUGAAGAAAGGCAGCUAUGUGCUUGUUCCAACCAUGUUCCAGCAUGGCCGCACCAGCGAGUUCCUUCUGAGGAUCUUCUCUGAAGUGCCCGUUCAGCUCAGGGAACUGACAUUGGACAUGCCCAAGAUGUCUUGCUGGAACCUGGCACGUGGCUAUCCAAAAGUUGUUACCCAGGUCACUGUUCACAGUGCUGAGGGCCUGGAGAAGAAGUAUGCCAAUGAACCUGUAAAUCCAUAUCUGGUCAUCAAAUGUGGAAAGGAAGAAGUCCGUUCCCCUGUCCAGAAGAAUACUGUGCAUGCCGUUUUUGACACCCAGGCCAUUUUCUACAGAAGGACCACUGACAUUCCUAUUAUCAUCCAGGUCUGGAAUAGCAGAAAAUUCUGUGAUCAGUUCCUGGGGCAGGUUACUCUGGAUGCUGACCCCAGCGACUGCCGUGAUCUGAAAUCUCUGUACCUGCGUAAGAAGGGUGGUCCCACUGCCAAAGUGAAGCAAGGCCACAUCAGCUUCAAAGUGAUCUCUAGCGAUGAUCUCACUGAGCUGUAAAUGUUCAGUAUCAGAGAAUCCUGACAGUUUUCCAUCUUUUUUAUUGUCAGGCACCAAGUCAUUACUAAGAUUCACAUUUAUUGAAACUCCACAUUUAUUAAUGUUUCCUCUUUUCUGAUAUUUCCCAUACCUCCCGAUCCAAGUAGCAUCAGUAGCUACGUAACCUAUAUACCUCCAGCAGCUGAACAGGGGAGAUGACAGUCCCAUCUGGAGAUCAUACAUGUUUGCUGAGAAAAGAUCCUUAGGGCUUCUGGGGGUGAGAUUCAACUGGGAUAAUAACAAGAAGCUGGACAUCUUACAUGUGUCUGCUGUUUCCACCCACCCAAUAUAUCUUCCCUGUAGGGUAUGUUGAGGAAGAAGGAGAGAUGAUCAAGGCCAAGCUGGUCUAGCCUGACAUCUCAGCUCCUGACUGACACUAUAUAGAUU